UCACCGCUGUUCUCGGACGGCCAGGGACGUCCAAAUUCGUAUCGCUAUCCACCCUCUGCCUGAGAUUCUGACAUUGGCGCUAUACUGAUUUCCUGGUUCGUGGCGUGUCCGAUCCGCAGACAUCGUCACGCGAAGCUUUCGCGUGGGCAGAGGCGGUGGCCAGCCCUGGAGGCGUCCCGCGUGCCCAUCUUCGGUAGCGUCGCGUACGCUGCGGAUGUUAUAUCUGGCGUCGCGACGCCCUCGAGCCUCAGCCGCUCCUCAGCCGCCCGUCGAUUCACAACUCAUCCCCACGAGAAAAAAAAACGGUAGAAAAGCAGCAAAAUGUGCGACGACGAAGUAGCAGCCCUUGUUGUCGAUAAUGGAUCCGGUAUGUGCAAGGCCGGUUUCGCCGGAGACGACGCCCCCCGCGCCGUCUUCCCAUCGAUCGUAGGUCGACCCAGACAUCAGGGUGUGAUGGUCGGUAUGGGUCAAAAGGACAGUUAUGUAGGCGACGAGGCUCAGAGCAAGAGAGGUAUCCUCACCUUGAAAUAUCCUAUCGAGCACGGUAUCAUCACCAACUGGGCUGAUAUGGAGAAGAUCUGGCACCACACCUUCUACAACGAGCUCCGCGUUGCCCCCGAGGAACACCCCGUCCUCCUCACCGAGGCUCCCUUGAAUCCGAAAGCUAACCGCGAAAAGAUGACUCAGAUCAUGUUCGAGACCUUCAACAGUCCGGCCAUGUACGUCGCCAUCCAGGCCGUGCUGUCCCUGUACGCUUCCGGUCGUACCACCGGUAUCGUCCUGGACUCGGGAGACGGUGUCUCUCACACCGUGCCCAUCUACGAAGGCUACGCCCUUCCUCACGCCACCCUCCGUCUGGACUUGGCCGGUCGCGAUUUGACCGACUACCUCAUGAAGAUCCUUACCGCAAGAGGCUACAGCUUCACCACCACUGCCGAGCGAGAAAUCGUCCGUGACGUCAAAGAGAAACUUUGCUACGUCGCUCUGGACUUCGAACAGGAAAUGGCCACCGCGGCCGCCAGCACCUCCCUCGAGAAGAGCUACGAGUUGCCCGAUGGACAGGUCAUCACCAUCGGUAACGAGAGGUUCCGCUGCCCGGAGGCUCUGUUCCAACCUUCCUUCCUGGGUAUGGAGUCCUGCGGUAUCCACGAGACCGUGUACAACUCCAUCAUGAAGUGCGACGUCGACAUCCGUAAGGAUCUGUACGCCAACAACGUACUGUCCGGUGGUACCACCAUGUACCCUGGUAUCGCCGAUCGUAUGCAGAAGGAAAUCACUGCUCUGGCCCCGUCCACCAUCAAGAUCAAGAUCAUCGCUCCCCCUGAGAGGAAGCACUCCGUAUGGAUCGGUGGAUCCAUCUUGGCUUCCCUGUCCACGUUCCAACAGAUGUGGAUCUCGAAACAGGAGUACGACGAGUCCGGCCCUGGCAUUGUCCACCGUAAAUGCUUCUAAAAGUAUCGUCGACGAUAUAGCAACGUCGCAUAAAUAUCGAAGAAUUAUUAACCGACUUGGAGGAAAUCGAAUAUAUGAUCUAGCAUCGGUUUCCUUUAAGAAAUUAUCAUGCUGCGAUAAAGCAACGUUACUGAAAUAUCACGUUAUAUGGAUCAUCAUUAGAUCUCAUCGAAUAUUCAUCGUUGUGGCCAUCUAGAUGCCACGACAAUCUGACACUAUUGACUUCUUAAUGUCCGUGGGAUGGCUAACGAAGUCAUGCUCAUCUAUCACUUCAUUUGGACGAGGAAGCUGGCAAAGGUGUUGGUUCUCGAUACAGAGCUCGCUCGCGAGUGGCCAAUCCUUGUUCAAUAUCG